AUGCCCAAGAGAAUAGCUGAAGAGGAUGCUAAGGGAGAUAAAGCCAAAGUGAAGGAGAAACCACAAAGGAGACCUGCAAGGUUAUCUGCUAAACCUGUUCCUCCAAAGCCAGAGCCUGAAACUAAAAACGCCCUUGCAAAGAAAGAAGAGAAGGUACUCAAAGGGAAAAAGCGGAAAGCUGAUGCUGGCCAGAAUGGGAAUGACCCUGCAGAAAAUGGAGAUGCCCAAACAGACCAGGCACAGAAAGCCGAAGGUGCUGGAGAUGCCAGUGAAGCGUGUGCACUUUUGGUAACUGUGUAAUUCUGGUGACUGUACAGUUUGAAAUACUAUUUUUAUCAAGUUUUAUAAAAACGCAGAAUUUUAUUUACUUUUUUAUUGUUUUUUGGGGAAGGGGCAGAUGACACUAAGAGAAUUUCUCCGAAGCUGGAUUGAUGUGGAGUUUUGGGAGAUUUCCUCUUGGUUCCCAGGAGGAGGGAGUCCUUGAUGUUGGCACACAUUUGCCACCUUGGCACAAAUGCCUUUUGGUGUGGAAAAACUAAAAUUUGUUUUUAC